AUGGUGGGAAGGAGACGUGGCUCCAGAGCCAACAGUGGACCACAGCAGCCCCAACAGCAACGCAGGGGGGGACCCCGCAAGGUGAGUCAGACUACCUAUAGGAGGCUUAUCAAACGGUUAAUAUAAAGAAAAUGAGCAUAUCAUGUCUACUUUCUGCCAGGUCUGAGGUUAAUUAUUGUCAGACAGACUACUGACACACAUUUCGAGCCUGUUUUUCAGUACUUCAUGCUCAAUGACAAACCUUAUAUGCAGCCAGCAUUGCUGACUCAGCAAAUGUUACAUUUUCUACAAGUCUAUAUUUGACCUAUCAUUACUAAUAAAUAAACAUACUAUAGCCUAGUGUAGCCAACAACAGUCAAUAAUUAUGUUGCUCUGGAAAUUAGUCUUGUGUAAUAUUAUCUUAUUGUGUGCUUUAGUGUGUCUGUGUACAGUAUGGGAGUGUACUUGCAUGUGUUAAAGGUAGGCUACACCUUACUCAGUUCACCAGUGUAUUGUAUAACAUAGGCAGGAAAAUUGUAUAACAUAGGCAGGAAAUGGUAUAACAUAGGCAGGAAAUUGUAUAACAUAGGCAGGAAAUUGUAUAACAUUGGCAGGAAAUUGUAUAACAUAGGCAGGAAAUUGUAUAACAUAGGCAGUAAAUUGUAUAACAUAGGCAGGAAAUUGUAUAACAUAGGCAGGAAAUUGUAUAACAUUGGCAGGAAAUUGUAUAACAUAGGCAGGAAAUUGUAUAACAUAGGCAGCUACAAAUGAUUCCUCAAUAAAUGUUAUGAUACUGUCACUGUAAAUGUUAAAACAUUAUGGUAUAGCUCUUUGAAUGGUAGAUUGAUCUCUACCUUCAAUUAUAACUUUUUCUUCCACAGGGAUUGAAGUCUAUUCUUAAGUCACGGCAGAUGUCAAACAGUUCAGGGUUCAAUGUAUAUUGACAACUCUACAGAUAAUUCCUAGCAACCAUGUACACAUCCACUACAUUUACAUUUUAGUAGACGCUCUUAUCCAGAGCGACUUACAGUUAGUGAGUGCAUUUUUUAUUCAUUUUUCCCAUACUGUCCCCCCGUGGGAUCGAACCCACAACCCUGGCGUUGCAAACGCCAUGCUCUACCAACUGAGCUACAUCCCUCACAUGCAGAGAUAACCACUAAUGAAGCCAGAAAUCCCUUACAUGUCCAAAGGCUUAUCACAGCCCUGAUGAUUUCCAUAAAUGUAAACAUUUAAAAUACUUUACUUAUAGAGUAUCUAUUAUCCCCAAAUCAUUUAUGUACCGAUAUCCCCUCCCAGGAGGUCAGUUAACUCUUUCUGUCCCAUCUCAGACUCUGAGGGAGCCAGCAUUAUUUGCCAAGAAAACAGGAUAUGAGUCAGAGGUUCCUCAUGAAAAGAUGACCAUCGCCCAGGCCAAGAGAGGCACGCCAGGUCAGUCAUCAUUACUGGUCUCCACAGGUCAGACCAAUCACAGACCAGUCAGACUGAUCAUAGGUCAGUUUCACCACCAGUUUUAUCACUCCUCACUGGGAAUAUUGAAGGAUGGGCAGUGGAAGAGAAGAGAUAAGGGGCAGUCGAGAGAGAGGGGGAUGUGAAAGUGAGAGGUGAGACAAGGAGAACGCAGCGAGACAUAGAUACAAUGAUUGUUUUUCUUUUCAUGUAGCAAUCCGGCCAGUGCGAGUCUAUGCUGAUGGGAUCUUUGAUCUCUUCCACUCUGGACACGCACGCGCUCUGAUGCAAGCCAAGAACCUGUUCCCCAACACACAUCUCAUAGUGGGAGGUAAAUAACACCUUUUGAAUUUCAAGUGCCUUUCAAAACACCCAAGGACAGACUGUACAAACAAGCAUGUACACAAACCACACACAGAGAGUAUAUCAUUGUGUGUCUGUCCUUGCAGUCUGCAGUGAUGAACUCACACACAAGUAUAAGGGCUACACGGUGAUGACAGAGUCUGAGCGCUACGAAGCCCUGAUACACUGUCGCUAUGUGGAUGAGGUGGUACGGGACGCUCCCUGGACCCUCAGCCCUGAGUUCUUGAAGAAACAUAAGGUCAGCACUUCUGGAGAAGGGCCAUAUACAGUACACCAGUCAGUAUUACAAACCAUCUGCACUGCUUGCUGUUUGGGGUUUUAGGCUGGGCUUCUGCUGAUGUAAAAGGCAUUUGAUUUGAUCAGUCCUAAAAUCCGAUACAGAUGUACAUAGCCCAUGUCCCUUUUUUCCACAUAAAAUCAUUUUAGUGCUAUUCUGGGAUUUCACCAGAUUGACUUUGUGGCCCAUGACGAUAUCCCAUACACCUCUGCAGGAUCAGAGGACGUCUACAAACACAUCAAGGAAGCAGGUAAACAGAUCUGCUCUGGAACAGAAAUGAACCAUUUGAGAUUGUGUCUGUGUGUGUUUGCUGAGCUACCUACUAUCUAUUCCCUUCCCUGUGUCAUCUUGGCUGAGCUGUGUUCUCUCUGUUGGGUCUCAGGGAUGUUUGUGGCCACACAGAGGACAGACGGCAUCUCUACAUCCGACCUCAUCACCAGGAUAGUGAGAGACUACGACCUCUAUGUCCGACGCAACCUGCAGAGAGGCUACACAGCCAGUGACCUCAACGUUAGCUUCAUCAGGGUAUGAAUGACAUCACCUAAUUAACUUAGAACAAUUAAUUAAGUUGGAAUAACCAUAUGUUACAAUAGUUUGUCUUUGAGGAAGUGAAAUGGGUGUUUCAGUAUUGGUGGUUGUGGUUGAUAAACACAAGACCACCUUUAGUUGAUGCCUUAUUGCCAACCACAUGACUUGUCAUAGACUGUUCUCUCUGCUCCCGCACGGCAAGCGGUACCGGAGCGCCAAGUCUGGGACCAAAGGUUCCUGAACAGCUUCAACCCCCAAGCCAUAAGACUGCUGAAUAGUUCAUCAAAAGGCCACCCAGGCUAUUUACAUUGACUUUAGAAUUUUAUUUGUAAUCUUUAUUAUUUGCACUGACUCUAUGCACACUCACUAGACUCUAGCCACACACUCACACAUACUAAACUGACACUCCAACACACACACACACAUUCAUGCAUAUUGAAGCCACACACUCACACAUAUACAUACUUUCACACUUCACAAACGCUGCUGCUACUCUGUUUAUUAUAUAUCCUGAUUGCCUAGUCACGUUUACCCUUAGCCACAUGUACAUACAGUAUUACCUCAAUUACCUCAACUACCUGGUACCCCUGCUCAUUGACUCUGUACUGGUACUCUUUGUAUAUAGCCUCAUUAUUGUUAUUUUAUUGUGUUACUAUUUCCUUUUUUAUUUAGCAAAUAUUUGUCUUACUUUUUAACUCUGCACUGUUGGGAAUGGGCUCUUAAUUAAGCAUUUCACAGUAAAGUCUACACCUGUUGUAUUCGGCGCAUGUGACCAAUACAAUUUGAUUUGAUUUAUUCUGCAGGAGAAGAAAAUCCGUCUGCAGAACCAGGUGGAUCGUAUGAAGGAGACGGUGAAGACAGUGGAGGAGAAGUCCAAGCACUUUGUGUUCAAGGUGGAGGAGAAGAGCCAUGACCUCAUCCACAAGUGGGAGGAGAAGUCACGGGAGUUCAUUGGGAAUUUCCUGGAGUUGUUUGGUCCAGAUGGAGCGUGGGUAAGUUUACAUUUAGCCCACAAUAGAUACUAUAGUAGGAAGCGUUUACGGUCAAUAGCAGAAGAUGGUUAGUAUUGAUCUCAUUCCUCUAAGCAAGUGACCACACAAUAUUAACAAGUAGUUUAGGAAAAGCAACACUCAGUUGGACAAACAAUAAAAAAAAACACAAUGCUCCCUUUCUCCGUCUCUCUCUGUCUCUCUGUCUCUCUCUCUUUCUCGCUCCCUCUCUCUCUCCGAGCAGCAUGUGAUCCAGGAGCAGAGUGGGCGCAUGCUCCAGGCUCUGUCACCCUACGCAUCGCCCGUUGCCUCGCCCCGUGGUUCCCCCAGUAGCAGUCCCACCAGAGGGCGCUCCCCAUCGCCCCCCUCCUCUCCCACAUCCCGUUCUCCCCGUUCCCCUCCGUCCUCACCCACCUCCCCUUCCUCUCUCAAGGGUGCCUCUGCUCGUCCCUUAACCUCCCUCAGCAGCUCGAGUGAGGGGGAUGACGACGAGGAGUAGAGACGGCACUGUCACUCCCAAAACACAAACACACAGUGUCCACGGUUACUUAGUGCAAGAUGCCGCCCACAGUCUGCCAUAUUUGUGCUAUUUGAUUGUGUAUGUUGUUAAGGUAACUGAAUGCACUGUGGU